AUGAAGGUGUUCACGUCGCUGCUCCUUGCUGCCACGGCAGCGUUCGCCCCCGCCAGUGCACUGACUACCGAUCUCCCGUCGUCGUUGAGUGCCUCGGAGCAGCAGACGUGGGAAGCAUUCGUGGACUACGCUCUGGACUACGAGAAGAGCUACCGCUACGACACCUAUGAUCAGGACCUGGUGCAGCAGCGCUUCCGUGCCUUCGCGACCAAUCUGGAGCGCAUCCAGAUGCACAACGCGGCCUACGAGCGCGGAGAGCACAGCUUCACGCUGGGGCUCAACGAGCUUGCGGACCUCACGGACGCUGAGUACAAACAGCUACUGAGCUACCGAGCCAGCGUCUCCAAGGCCUCGAGGGCGUCUGAAACGUUCGUCAAACCUGACAACAUCGAGGAUCUUCCAGCCACUUGGGACUGGCGUGAGCAUAACACUGUCACGCCCGUGAAGAACCAGGGCCAGUGUGGCUCGUGCUGGGCCUUCUCGGCCGUGGCGGCCAUGGAAUGCGCCUAUGCUCUGAGCACCGGCACGCUUGAGUCGUUCUCGGAGCAAGAGCUCGUGGACUGUACCCUUAAUGGCAUUGAUACCUGCAACCAUGGGGGUGAGAUGAGUGAGGGGUACGAAGAGAUCAUCAACAACCACAAGGGAAAGAUCGACCGCGAGGAGGACUACGAGUACACGGCCGAGUCCAAGGGCGUAUGCAACGCCAAGGACGACAAGGCCAUUGGCCACUUCACUUCGUACGCCAAUGUCACGUCCGGUGAUGAAGCUGCUCUACAGGCCGCCAUUGCCACUAAAGGUGUACAGGCGGUGGCCAUCGACGCCAGCAGCUUCACGUUCCAGUUGUACCGCCACGGCGUGUACAGCUGGCCGCUGUGUGGCAACGCCCCCGAUGCGCUGGACCACGGCGUGGCGGCCGCUGGCUAUGGCGUUUACAAGAAGAAGGACUACUGGCUCGUUAAGAACUCGUGGGGUGAUUCCUGGGGCAUGAAGGGCUACAUCAUGAUGAGCCGCAACAAGAACAACCAAUGCGGCAUCGCUACGGACGCCACGUACCCGAUUAUGACCAAGGAAGAAGAGAUCGUGGUGGACCGCCCUAUUGUCCUGGAGACGACGGAGGUGGCCAGCAUCAUGUAA